UGGCUGCCUGCACUGGACAACGGUUGCUCCUAAAGCUGCUGAGCAGAGCUUCCCCCUGCACUCAGAGCUUGUACAGCCCAAAGAGUUGUCAAGUUCACAGCAGCAGCCUCUGCCUCAACUGGGAAAGUUUCUGUGGACUCUGCCAAGCACCCAGACCAGAGGCUUCAUAAAGCAGCUGGAAACCGGAAUCAUGCUUGCUGUGGUGAAGCCUUUUAAGGGUCAGAAGUACCAUGAGAUCAAGCAAGAGUGCCUCAAACAGCACCGGCUCUUCGAGGACCCAGAGUUCCUGGCUGGGAACGAGUCCCUCUUUUUCAGCCGCCGCCUGCCAGGCCCGGUGGAGUGGAAGCGUCCCAAGGACAUCUGCGCCAACCCACACCUGUUUGUGGGUGGGAUCAGCUCCCACGACUUGCAUCAAGGCAAGUUAGGGAAUUGUUGGUUCGUAGCGGCCUGUUCCUGUCUGGCUCUCCAAGAAAGUCUCUGGAAGAAGGUGAUCCCCGAGGCAAAGGAGCAGGACUGGGACUCCCGGAAGCCUGAGAAAUAUGCUGGAAUAUUCCACUUCCGUUUCUGGCAUUUUGGCGACUGGACCGACGUGGUGAUUGAUGACCGUCUGCCCACCAUUAAUGGAGAGCUGAUUUUCUGCCACUCCAAUGUGCCCAAUGAAUUCUGGAGUGCCCUGCUGGAGAAGGCCUAUGCAAAGCUGGCGGGCUGUUACGAGGCUCUAGAUGGUGGCAACACCGCGGACGCCAUCACGGACUUCACUGGGGCUGUGUCUGAAUCCAUCGACCUGAGGAAGGGCAACUAUGGCAAGCUUCUCCUGGAGCAGACCAAGCUCUUUGAGGAUCUGCUCAAGGCCCACAGCAGAGGGGGCCUCAUCAGCUGCUCUAUUACGGCUGAGCUUGCCAAUGAGCGUCUGGCCACCACGGAGCAGGGUCUGGUGAAGGGCCACGCCUACUCAGUGACUGCAGUGCGCAAGCUGCGCCUUGGAGAACAGCUCUUGGGCUUCUUCAAGGCUGAAAAGCUGUUCAUGAUCCGGAUGAGGAACCCAUGGGGCAGGCGGGAGUGGAACGGGCCCUGGAGUGACAGCUCUGAGGAGUGGCAGAGAGUGAGUGAGGAGGAGAAGAAGAACUUGGGGCUCAGUGUGACGGAUGACGGAGAGUUCUGGAUGGCCUUCGAUGACUGGUGCAACAACUUCACCGAUGUGGACAUCUGCCGGAAUCUGAACACUUCCAUCUUCAGCAUCCACAAGACCUGGGAGAAGGCCAUGGUUCGAGGAGCCUGGAUCCAUGAUGACGACCCCCUGAUCAAUCGUGCUGGAGGCUGCUUCAACAACCGUGCUACGUUCUUGCAGAACCCCCAGUAUGUCUUCAACAUCAAUAAAGAAGAGGACAAAGUGCUCAUCUCCCUGCAACAGCGUGAUCAGCGCCCUUACCGCAAGGAUGGCCGGGGAGACAACUUCAUCAUUGGCUUUGAGAUCUUCAAGGUGGAGUUGAACCGGGAGUACCGUCUCCAUCAGCUGCACACCCAGGAGAGGGUGGUGGGCUCCACCUACAUUGACUCGCGCACUGUGUUCCUGAGGACGGUGCUGAAGAGAGGCCGCUACAUCAUCAUCCCCACCCUGUUCCGGCCUGGGGACAUCAGUGAAUUCCUCCUCCGACUCUUUACCGACAUCCCCUCUGAGCUCAGGGAGCUCACUCUGGACAAGCCUGAGGCUGGGUGUGCAAGCUUCCUGUGUGGCUAUCCCCGGCGCAUCACCCAGCUAAGCGUUCACAGUCUGGAGGGGCUCAAUAGAGAGAACAGCGCGAGACGGGCCAGCCUGUAUCUCCUCAUUAAGUGCGGGAGGGAAAGAGUCUGCUGCCGCGUCCAGAAAGAAAGCUUCGGGGCCGUCUUUGACGCCCAGGCAAUUUUCUACCGCAAGAAUCCCAAGCAGCCCAUCCUGGUGCAGGUCUGGAACAGGAGCCUUCUGUGUGACCAAUUUGUGGGCCAGGUGACCCUGCCGGGAGAGCCAAGCGACUCGCGGGAGCUGAGGACCCUCCAGCUCCGGGAGAAGGGGGGGCCGGAUGCCCCACCUGCCAACGGGCACCUCAGCCUCAGGGUGGCAUCCACUGAUGACUUCAUGGAGCUCUGAAGGCCUGACCUGGGCCUCCCCUGGCAGAAUCCUCUGUUUUCUCUGUCCAGGGAUGUGGGGGAAGGGGAGGGGAAAGGAGGGGGGAGGGGGAGGGGGGAAACAGGGUGUGUGUGGGGGGGACUCUAGGCCAGCUUCUGCUGAGCUGGGUUGGAGAUGACGGACAAGCAGGAGCCCACCUGAGCCAAAUGUGUCCACGAGCCACCAAUCAUUUGAAAAGCCAAAAAUUCCAAGCAGCCCAACUUGCUCACUCCACUAGCCAGGCCUACCUGUCCUUGCUCUACAACCUAGUAUAGCUCCCAUUUGCUCACUCGCUUGGAAACAGCCCUGCAAAGUAGAGAGAAGAGGAAAGAAAGGAAGCUGGGAAAAGGGCAGCACCCUUGCCCAAGGUGCAGAGGAAGAGCAUGGGAAAUAAUAGGACAAACUGACAUUUCUCUAAUGCCCCCAAAGCCAGUGACCAUCAUCCCCAUCUCAUUGUGGUUGGCAGCAUUUUACCGGGGAGGAAACUGAGGCCCCAGGUUGGUCAUCCAGUAAAUGGAAGGCAGAGGCAGGACUGAAGGCCAGGCCUUCCUGGCUCCAGCUCAGGCCCUCCCUCUUCUAUGCCCCGCUAUCCCAUGGCCUAUGAGUUGAGUCCAGUUGGGUCUCACUGAUGUGGGAACCCUUUAGGAGACCUCUGGAGGUAGCCCCAGGAGGCAGGAAAGAGCUCACAGGUAGGAGUUGUGGAGGCCUGCCACAGCCACCUGCUUGCUGUGUGACAUCACUACUCUGGUGAUCACUGGCUAGUCCUUUGUUGGGAGGCCCACACUGGGCCUGGUGGGAGCCGGUGCCAGCUCCUCCCUCCUCAGGACCUCAGUUUCUCACCUGUGUACAAGAUGGAGAAGAUCUAGGCCCAGUGACCCCCAGUGUCCCUUGAGUGGGCAAACUGCUCAGAAGCCACCAGGGCACUGUCUAAAGUGGGGGGCACUUUCCAGAGGCUCUGCCAAAGGGCAGAUGGCUGUCUCAGCCAUGGAGCUGGCACUAACUGGGCCCCAAGCCACCACGAUGCUCUGCCACUUGAGUCACCUUUGUGGGGGGAGGUGGAGUUGCCCUGUAUUGGCAAAGUAGCUUUAAUCUCUUUGACUUGCAGGCCCCUGGGAGGGGACCCAUCCCCAGUGUCUCCCAUGGGUCCCACAUGGCACAUCAUGUGCCCCAGGCUCUGAGGCUUUGGCUCCCCAGGGGGUCCUGAUGGAAGGCGGCCCGGUUGGGCUGCCCCUUGCACUUGAUCCCAGGCAAUGCUUGCCUGUACUGUACCGUCCUGCUUUCAAUAAAAAUCUCUACAUUUAUUCAGUCAUUCAA